UCCUCCUGGAGGGAGGCGAGGAGGGCUGGCCUUGCAAGGGUUCCCUGCGCCCUAGUCCCCUCCUUCUGGGCAGCCCUGGGUCUGGAGAAGCGGCCAGUGGAGUAGGCAUGAGUUGGUAGCCCAGGGAGAGGCGGGCUGCCCUGGAUGCAAUUCCCUACUUCAGGAUGAAUGAAUGCCACUAUGAUAAACGCAUGGACUUCUUUUAUAAUAGAAGUAAUGCAGCCACAGCAGAUGAAUGGUCAGGGACAUCUCUUGUCAUUGUUUUAUGCUUCGGGACAUUUUUUUGCCUCUUUAUUUUCCUUUCAAAUUCACUGGUCAUUGCGGCUGUGGUCAAAAACAAGAAAUUUCACUUCCCCUUCUACUAUUUGUUAGCCAAUCUAGCAGCUGCGGACUUUUUUGCUGGCAUUGCCUACGUGUUCUUGAUGUUCAACACUGGCCCAGUCUCUAAAACAUUAACUGUCAAUAGGUGGUUUUUGCGCCAGGGACUUCUGGACACCAGCCUGACAGCUUCUCUGGCCAAUUUGUUAGUCAUUGCUGUUGAGCGACACAUGUCUGUUGUGCGGAUGAGGGUUCACAGUAACCUCACAAAGAAGAGGGUCACUUUUUUUAUUCUGUUGAUCUGGGCCAUAGCUAUUUUCAUGGGUGCGGUGCCCACAUUGGGAUGGAACUGUCUUUGUGACAUUUCAUCCUGCUCUUCCUUGGCUCCUAUUUAUAGUAGGAGUUACUUGAUAUUUUGGACAGUCUCCAACCUGGGAGUUUUCUUCAUCAUGGUGGUGGUGUACAUAAGAAUCUACAUGUAUGUCCAGAGGAAAACCAACGUUUUGUCUCCACACACUAGUGGAUCCAUCAGCCGCAGGAGAACUCCAAUGAGGCUUAUGAAGACAGUCAUGGCGGUGUUAGGUGCCUUCGUUGUGUGUUGGACCCCCGGUCUUGUUGUUCUGCUUCUCGAUGGCUUGAAUUGCACUCGUUGUGAGGUUCAGAAUGUGAAAAGGUGGUUUCUUCUCCUGGCUCUGCUGAAUUCUGUCAUGAAUCCAAUCAUCUACUCUUUCAAAGACGAUGAGAUGUCAAGUACUAUGAGGCACAUGAUCUGCUGUUCUUUCAGGGACAGAAACCAGGAGCGCCGGUCUUCCAGGAUUCCCUCCACAGUUCUCAACAGGAGCACAGAUUCUUCCAGCCAAUACUUUGAAAAUGGCAUUGGCCAAGGGACUAUCAGUAGUAAAGAAAAUGCCUGAGUAACUUUGUUUCUCUUGAAGUUGUGAACUUCAGGAGGGAGUCAUGUGCAAUGACAGCAACUAGCUGGGACCUGCUUACCCUAAAUUUCAGUGUUGAAACACUAGAAGACUAUAUUGUAUGCGCCAAACCCCAAAUCACAGGGCUACUUGACAUCUUUGUAAAUAAUUACUAAAGGCAGAAAAAAUGCACUUGAAGGAAUGAAAAAGAAUGGGAAGAGUGUUUCUUUAAAGUGUAGAAAAAGCACAACCUACAUUGUGAAGUGCUCCUUCCUCAGAGGUGUAGUUAUCACAAAGGUGGUUCACCUGUGUCUGGACUGUACCAUUACAGACUCUUCUCUUCUUGUGACUGAAUGCUUCUUCAUUCAGGUGAGGGGGGAUAGCACAUAGCUAACUAGGGUGACAGGGAGAAGUGUUAUGUACAGUUGGCCCUCUGUAUCCACAGAUUCUUUAUCCAUGGAUUCAACCACUCAUGGCUUGAAAAUAUUCGAAAAAUAUAUAAAGAAACCUUGGUUUUUCCAUUAUAUAUAAUUGACACCAUUUCACUAUGCCAUUGUAUUUAAUGGGACUUGAACAUUAAACGUCUUUUGGUAUCUACAGGGGGUUAUGGAACCAACUCCCAGUGGUUUUCUCCAUAUAGUGCUGUGGAUCAUUUCAUCAUGGGAGCUAUCCCAUGUUUGCAGUGCAAAACGACAUAGUCCAGCAGGACAAGCCUUUGACAAAGGGAGGAAACCACUUCAUGAGAUGAACAUGACCAGUAGGUGGAUGGAUAAUUGUGGCAGCAGUCUAUUGUUCCUGAACCUCCCAGACAUUGUCUCUUGGAGGACAUCCCUCACCCCUAAACUGGUCUCCUACCUUCAGGUGUAGUGAAGAUUCUUACCCCAUUGCCCUGUUGGCAGUCAAGUCAGUUUCUUUACAUUGAAUGGGGUGGGGGCUCCAUAUUGUCCUUCAUAACGGGCAGCAACCUCAGUGAGAACCAACCCAGAGUUGAUCUCUGGUUCCAUGCAUGUUUCCUUCAAAGUCCGUCCCAUAUUGCCAAAGUGAUAUGAUUUCCAAUUGAAUGGUAUGAAUUGUUGCUUAAUGUCCCAUUUGAAUUUGGUGGGACUUUUUUCUGGAUGUAAACAUUUAUAGGAUCAGGCUGUUCAGUUCUCUGCGGUGUACAAUGUGCAUGCUUCUACAAUUAAACAUUUUGAUAAGUAUUUUUCAGGACAUAAGUAUGUCUUGUUUCUUCGCAUCCACUUUUUCCAGUGACAGUGUAAUGGUUUCUAAGCAUGCCAUCUUUUCUUCUAAAGAGAAGGAGGAACAUAAUAAGUAUCUAAAGUAAAUUAAGAGCAUGUGGUAUGCUCCCUUUCUGCCAAAUCACUCCAUGCAUCUGAAACUUUUGUGGCUUGUUAAUAUUCACAGACUUUUGCUCUUCCAAAUCAUCUGUAACCACUUGAAUUGAAGGGCUGACUCUGCAGGUUUGUAGUGGAAUAUUUUCAAACCUCUAGUCUUAUCUAACAACUGUUAAAAGACCAUACCUUUGCAGUUAGUAGAGGACCAUUGGAAGUUGGGUUAGCAAUGUUGAACUUCUGAAAAAGUUGGGCUUUGAAAAAGUGUGAGUUUUAGAAAAGUAUGUGGUUAAUAAUAACACUUUAAAAAAAACUAGGUAAGGAUAUCUGUGCACUUGUGGUUUACGGAGCAGGGAUUUCUGAAAAGAUCUCGCCAAAGGCAUGAAAUUGUACAUAAUUGUAUACUUAUCUAUAUGUUCAUUUGCUUUGAAAUCCUAAUUCAUACAUAUAGAUUAAUUUUCACAUUGCGUUUUAAAGUGGUUUUAUUUCCUGUGGACUGUGUGACAUCAGGGGUAUAUUUACUGUGAUGGUCCAAUGCUUUAAAUAAAUGGUUUUUGUCUAAAUGUUGGGAUUAUAUUCAGACAGUGGAACUCUUCUGGAAGGAACAAUGAGGGACUAAGGGCAUCAGAUGCCAAUUGUGUUACUUGAAAUCAUUUUUUUUUAAAAAAAAUUAAUAACAGGUACCAGAGUGAUUAUUUUGUGGAGCUUGUGAAAGUAUGUUUUAACCUUUGGUUGCUCACUGUAUUUGAAUUAAAAAUCCCUAUCUUUAACAUGCUGCAGUUGAGCCCUUAAAAAAAAUGUGCCCUCAGCAUCAGUGGUGCCUGUAAUUAAAGAGAGAGAGCAUGGCAUGGUUUUAAGUGACUCACUGUGCAGCAUGUUAUAGUUAGGCCCUGAGAUUUUGGCCUCAAAUAUUUCUAGAAAAUAAGACAGCAAUUUGCUGCCUCUGCAGGAGAAGAAAAGUACCAUUUUUUUAAAGUGUGUGUUUGUUUAUUCAAGUGCAUGAAUGUUUUACCAGUAGAUUAUGCAUUGUCUAGGUUUAGAAAAUGACAGGGUCAAACCAGGCAUUGAGUGAAUAUGUAUUCCCUACAUUUUUUCCCACACACAAUGGGAUUUCCUCAGAGAUGUAUGCCUUAACAGUCAGGCUUGUAAAUUAUGUCCCAGUGACUGAAGGCUAAACAAACAUGCUAAGUGCAAAAUUGAUAGAUUAGGUCAGUCAUAUCCCAUCAUGUAAAGAUGUCUUUCAUUACUUACAGGAAAACUCUUCAACAAUCCUGCAAAACCUAUUGUCUAGUAUAACUUUGGCUGGUUACAAACCGCCAC